AUGAUCUUCCCAGUCAGCUCCGACUCUGCCCAGGCUUCCAGCCCUGAUCCUAUCGCCAAUCCGCCAGCUCAAACCCCCGAACCAGCUCGCUAUCAGGUUUUUCAUAUCCAACACUCCCCUGGCACUCACAAGAUCUUCAUUCCAACAAGCUCUCCGCGACCGGCAGGCUAUCUCUAUCAUGUUCUGGAAUCUUCAAACCCUGAACAUACGCAGCCUAACAUGACUCUGGUCUCGGAUAUCGUCGAGACUCUAGGUCAGGUUGGCACCAUUCAUGAUAGCAGAUGUGUCGGCUCCAUUGCGUCCCAAGAACUCGACAAUGCGUGCGCUAUGAUCAAGAGUCACCCAAGACCAUUCGAUCCUUACGAGCCUGCCAACGCUCCUGGCAGACCUGGCCGCUGCGAGCUUUGGGUCCUCUCUGUAAUCGAUACACUGCUUGGGGACGGCCUCCUCCAGCCGCUUCCGUCGGAGCCUACCUCUCGAGCCCAUCAACCUCCAAGACAUCAUCACACAUCUCACUGCACUCACCAACGCCUCUACUCGUAUCAUCCCUAUCGACGAAGGAGCCGCCCGGCUUUGGACCGUCAGUGA